UGCAACCUAAUGAGCAACUAUUUGACAUUUUCUCUGCUAUUUCAUAAUUACCUUUGCAGUCUGGCAACCGCGCGAGCUUCAGGUACACGUGCAACCACACGAAUUUACUCCUCGUGAGCGUCAACGCGUUGUUUCCACGCUAAAUGUAAAGACAACAGUGAGUUUUGCUUAUAGGACACUCACUUGUGUUCAAAAAUAAGUUUAAAGGGGAGGUGGUAUGGCUUGUAAAUCGGAAAAAGGAGACCUGCAUCUUUGUUUACACGGUGAAAUCUGCAGCAGAGUACCAACAUGGAUUAUUAGGAGCGGAUCUACCACGAACAGAAGCUGAAUAAGGAGCAUCUUCCACAUUAUCAAAGUAUACUGAAGUCCAGCAAACAGAAGCUCCAUACUGGGUAAUAUGCCUGAUGUGUGUCUGCUGCUCUUGGAGGAAGUUGCCGUGUUAUACGGGUGGAGGAUGAGGUCGUCUCUAGUGGUGUCUGGGGGAGAGAAGGGUCUGCGGGCACGACUGGGACGAAUGAGGCAUCUGCUGUGUCAGACUGGGCAUCAUGUGGAUGUGCAGAUGGACGAGGAGCCCGGCGUUUGGCUCAGGAGCUUCCAUCUGCUGGACCUUGAGGAACGCAGUGAGGACCCAGUGCAGGAGUGGGGAGAGGAGGUGGAAGACGGGGCCGUCUAUGGGGUCACUCUUCACCGAGAACCCAUCCAACCCCCACCUGAUGCCGCUGAGAACGAUUCCGCCUUUGGCUUCAUGCAGUACCGCACACUGAAGGUCCGCAGGCUUAAAGCAGCCACUCUGGAGCGUCUCGUCACAGAAUUGGUGAACCCGGAGUGCCCUGACCCAGAUUACACGCAAAUCUUCCUCUCCACCUACAGAGCCUUUACCAGCACAAAUGCUCUCAUAGAACUCCUGUUUCAAAGAGAGGACAUGAUCACCAAUCUGGACAACAGUGUCUGUAUCAGGAGUUCUCUGCCCUGUCUGAUCCGGCUGUGGUUAGACGAUUAUCACGAGGACCUUCGGGACUCUCCGGAUCACCAGGCUCUCCAGCUGCUCUGUGUUCAUCUGCGUCAUCGCCUUUGUUUCAGACGCCUGGUUCAUCAAGCCGAUGCUCUUCUCAGAAAAUUUCAGACUGAAGACAAGCACAUGGGUAGAUCAGCAGAAGCCAGUGCUGCUGGUGUAGAGAGUCCAGCAACUGAAGACACCAUGGACAGACAGGACAUAGAAGAGUUGGGGGAUGUACUGGCCUUCCCCGCACAAGACAUAGCUGAGCAGCUCACGCUAUUAGACGCUGAACUCUUUGUCAAAGUGGUUCCGUUUCACUGCCUUGGCUGCAUUUGGUCUCAAAGGGACAAGAAAGAGAACCGGAAUCUAGCGCCCACGGUCCGUGCAACCAUUGCCCAGUUUAAUGCCGUCACUAACUGCGUUAUCACCUCUCUGCUGUGCCCUUCUGCAACCUCCCCUUCCGGCUCACCAUCCUGCCCUCGUAGCAGCCCUACACACAGGGCAAAGAUUAUUGAGAAGUGGAUCUCUGUGGCUCAGGAGUGCCGGCAGUUGAGAAACUUCUCCUCUCUAAGAGCCAUCUUAUCUGCUCUUCAGUCCAAUGCUAUCUACCGGCUAAAGAAAACCUGGGCAGCAGUCAGCAGGGAGAGUAUGACUGCUUUUGAUCAGCUGUGCGACACCUGUUCUGAUGAGAACUGUGUGCUGAUCAAUCGAGAGAUCCUUGUAGAGGAAGGAAACCAGUCAGCAGAGGUAGACACUCACUCUGCACCAAAGUCUCCCAGACUUAGUCCUACUUCUAAGCACUCGAACCCCUCCAAUGGUGAGGUGCCGUACUUGGGCACUUAUCUGACAGUUCUCACCAUGUUGGACACAGCACUAAGUGAUAAUGUACAGGGAGGUCUCAUCAACUUUGAGAAGCGUAGAAAAGAGUUUGAGAUCCUGUCUCAGAUCAGACAGCUGCAGGCAUCAUGUGCUCAGUACACUCUACAAUCACAUCCUCACAUCAUUUCCUGGAUCAACAGCAGCAUGCCCCUUUCCGACCAGAAGAGUUAUGAGUUGUCAAGAGAGUUGGAGCCACCAGUUGACCCCUGUCCAGGCUCUCCCAAUCCCUGGAGCCACCGGCUCAUCACUAAGAAACUGACCUCAUUGCUGUCUGGCAGUGAGAACUUCUCAAAGAAAACUCUUGCUGAUCAGAUCAGUGUAUCAUCCUCUGGCUCCAGUGGCUCAGAGAUGGAAGACCUCAGCAGCCCCAACCUGUCACCCCUUGGAUACAAAUCACCGUCAGUAUCCUGUCAGGACAUCUCAGUAGACACACCCACCAUCACUCUGACUCCGCCCACCUCCUUUCGAAGAUCCCUCCAGGGAGAUCUGUCUGACAGCCCCUCCCCUACUUCAUCUGCAACAUCUUCAUCAUCUUCGUCAUCCUCUCCUUCUCUCCAGCUGCAUGCUUCCCUUCACCCAAUGUACAACAAGCAAGUUGCCGAUACUUGUAUUAUCAGAGUCAGCGUGGAAUUUGGCAAUGGAAACGUUUAUAAAAGUAUUUUGAUAACCAGUCAGGACAAGACAGCUCAGGUGAUUCAGAGAGCUCUGGAGAAACACAACUUGGAGGAGAUGAACUGCCAGGAUUUUAGUCUCACACAAGUGCUUUCAAAUGACAAAGAGUUGCUGAUCCCAGACAAAGCCAACGUGUUCUAUGCCAUGUGCACCACUGCCAACUAUGACUUUGUGCUUCGUCAGCUUUACAAAAACGUCAGCAGGGCUCCUGGUUCAUCCUGGAGUCCAGGAGCAGUACAGAGGGGACGCAAGUAACGUGAAUGACAACCCACGACGUGGUGGAAUAAUACAUGAAAAUGUGAACAGUGAACAGAGACUAUGUAACCACAUGGACUACAGUGGUGACUUUGCAUAGAAUAAAUGGUCUGUUAGCAAACAAAGAGCUGAUGUGGAGAACCGGUGACUACUGGAUGUCGAAGCUCGGAUACAUUUAAAAACAGACUGUGGAUGCAGAAUUGAGCACUCUGGAGUCACAAGUUAUGAUAACAUCUCACUCAAUAAUGUGUCAUUUACUAACAACUGUAGCAUUCUACAGCAGCUACAACAGCUCUAACCAGUUAACACUGAAGGAAGAAAGGAUCAGAUGAUCCGACCCAGGGAAGUUGCAAUAAAUAGCCACAUCUACUGCCAGUUUAUUCAGUGGAUUUUGCUUUGAAAUGGGAGGUCACACAGGUGAUGAACAUCUGUAUGUAGGUGGAUCAGCACAUUUGUUUUAAAUAUGACCUACAAAUACAAGCUUUUUAUGUAGCUAAUAUUCAGGUUAAAACUGAAUAUAAAGUUAUAUUAAGUGACAAUGUUGAGAUAAUAUAUUUUAAUAUAUUUUAACAUAAUUUUAAUAAAGAUCACAUUAUUUUAAUUGCAAUAUUUAAAUGUUUUGAUGCAUUUCAGUUUUAGAGUAUUUAACUUUUAUAUGUGCACAUUAAUCUCUUUUUGUUUGCUUUCCUUUCUGCACUUGCUUUUAAUUUUUACCUGUUUUUAUGUGUGAUUAUCUCAAACCCAUAAGCUGUUUCUCUUCUAAAACUUUAUUUUGUAACUUUAUGUAAAACUUGUAACGAUGGAAGUUGUUUAUUGAUUUGUGGAAUUUGUGCCUAAUCUUUGUCCUAAUGAAGGAUUCUCACACUUCAUAAUCACUUGCUAGAAAUACUUUUUUUUUUUUUUUUAAGUUGUUUUUCUAGUAGAAUCAAAUGAAGUUACUUGUCCAUAUUGGAUAUCUUGUGACUUUCUGAGCAAAUGCAUUUUGGAGAACUGAAGAGCACUGGGUGCACUAGGUGAAUCUCAUUGACUUUGUAUGUGUUUUGUGAAAGUUAAAGUAAGUUAGUUGCUGAAGUCUGUGAAAAGUAAGUGAUUGGUCUGUGUGGAAUAGUUUGCUGCUAUAUAAUGGUGGAGCUGUUGUGUUUCUUGGAAACUAUAAUAAGUGUUUUUUUGCCAAAUGGAAGGGGGCCUUAUUCAGCAUUAAAACACACAUUUGCUGUUUGAGCAGAAAGCCACAACUCCUGACUGAAAUGUGUAUUCGUCUUUGUCUAUGUAUAAUUAAAACAUUAAUUUGGCAACUUA